AUGAUAAAAUCCAAGUAUUCGCAACUUUCGCAAGGAAAUCGCCAAAUUAUCAGGACAGUAGCACGUCUUGAAUUCGAGGAUUCUCAACAAGAAUCACCUAUUUUGGUGGCUGUAAAUGGCGAGAGAGCGCUUGAAUUUGCCAAAGACUUGCAUCAAUUGUUUCACAAGGUUCAGAAUUACACGGGAAAGGCUAGUGAGCCAAUCAUUAUCGAAAAUGAUACGAGUAGAGCGGAAUUGUUCGAAAAUUUGAAGACUAUUCUCACGGAACAGAAGCAUAAUGGCAAUAGACCACGAACUGCAGUUCUCGCGAAUGUCGAUAAACUCGAAUGGGACGCAAUUCUAGUAAUUCACGCAUUUGCCGACCAUCUUAGUUAUCCCGUCCCAAAUGCUUUAAUAUUUCUCACGAGCAACUUUGGAAUUGAGGACAAUGACCAUUGUGAGCAGAUGAUGACAAAAAAACUUCAUGAGCAUUGGACUGCGAAUGGAGGCACCGAUGAUAAUGAAUUCGAGGAUUCUCAACAAGAAUCACCUAUUUUGGUGGCUGUAAAUGGCGAGAGAGCGCUUGAAUUUGCCAAAGACUUGCAUCAAUUGUUUCACAAGGUUCAGAAUUACACGGGAAAGGCUAGCGAGCCAAUCAUUAUCGAAAAUGAUACGAGUAGAGCGGAAUUGUUCGAAAAUUUGAAGACUAUUCUCACGGAACAGAAGCAUAAUGGCAAUAGACCACGAACUGCAGUUCUCGCGAAUGUCGAUAAACUCGAAUGGGACGCAAUUCUAGUAAUUCACGCAUUUGCCGACCAUCUUAGUUAUCCCGUCCCAAAUGCUUUAAUAUUUCUCACGAGCAACUUUGGAAUUGAGGACAAUGACCAUUGUGAGCAGAUGAUGACAAAAAAACUUCAUGAGCAUUGGACUGCGAAUGGAGGCACCGAUGAUAAUGUACCUCCGAUAAUUGCACGAAUUUCCUAUUUUUCCUGUAUCUAA